AUGCCACAGGCGACUCGCGAAGCAGCCGACUACGGGCGAGACGACAGCCCGCGCGAAACUCGUUCACACUCCCGACAAGUGAACGGCAUGCUUGAGGAAAUGGAGCGUCUGGAGAGAAACGACCAAUCGCUGCGACACGACCUUUCGAUGAUGAAGCGGCGACUCAAUGAUGCGCAGAGGGAAACUCAGAACAUGAAGACGAAACUCGCAGCUGAGCAGACUAGGACCGCAAAGUUCGAAGAGCAGGCGAGAGCAUUCAAGAAACUGAUAUCUGCAAACUCUGAAGUGAGUGGAUUGGUAUCAGAUGAUGUCAUCACCGGGAAGUUCGAACAAAUCUUUUACGGCAUGCAAGACUUCGUCGUGAGCACAUUCCCGGGCGUCAAGUUUGAUUACGAGCAACUCCCCGAUCGUCUCAAGCACAACAUAAGGCAGUUCCUUCCAACCGCGCGAACGCUUCCGAAGUCUCAAUGGCUAAACGUCGCCACCAGUAUCAUCGCUCAGGUGAUGCUGUCAUACUUCGAACCGGGCAACCAUUUCGGAGAGAGCGAGGACGGCAAUUUCGAAGCCGCUAGUUUAUUAGCAAGCGAUGCAUUUGGUGUGCAUAAUGCCAGCGGUCAAACAGCUAGUGUCCCUGAGAACAGGAAGUGGCUCGUUGAGACACGCAAAUUGCUCGCUGCUUAUGAUGCAGAUGCGCUUCAACAGGCCGACAAAUCGCUCACAUGCGAAAUGGUGGAGAGCGCACACAACAACCUAUGUGAUGCUAUGGAUGUGGUUUGGCAGAAGGAUUCGGUCGUGACGCUCCUCAAGGUGUUCACGGAUGCUCAGGAGUUGCAUCGAUUGUUGCUGGCACAACAAGCUGAGUACAUCGUGGAGAUGAGACCCGCGAUGGUCAAUGGGAAGGCCGUGACCUUCGAAAUCAGCUCGAUGAAAGACGUUACUGGUAUGGGGGAUGAUUCUGACCUGGCCGACAACGGACUGGUACUGUCUAUGUUCCCCGCGAUAUACAAGAUUGACCAUUCACAGGCCAAGACGUUGGACAAAGCCGUCGUUGUAGCCAAGGCUCGAGUUGUCACCAGCAAGACACAGUCCUAA